AUGGUUGCUGUACGGCGGGGGUGCAAUUGUGUAUCCAGUCUGAUCAGGAGAAGGCACCUUGCUGUGUUUUUACUCACUCUGGUUGGUGUCCCUGCCCAGACUAGUCAAUUUUCUCUGAUUAACUUGGCUCAACAGCUCAGCACCAUAAAUCUCGCGAGCCAUAUUAGCAUCCUUAGCCUCGGUUCCAACUUCUCCCUCGGGACCCUACUGAGCCUAUUCAAUCUGUUUGUCCUUCUAAAUCUACUCAGUGUGAUCAAUAGAAUCACCACUUCGCACCGCGGUGGGGACAUAAAGAGUCGUCAUUACAAACUGGGACAACAUUUUCACAAAUAUGGACAUUCAGUCCUAACGGAUGGAACAGUAGAGGGGAGGAAAGCGAAGAAGGGGAGUUGCACCACCUUGAUAUGUUCGUCAGAUGAGAAAACCGAGCCAUAUGCAGUGCCCCGUUUAACAACUCAGGGGAACACCCCACCCCGGAAGGUCUCAACACUGGAAUGGACAUAUUUAGCAGAUUCAGAAGACUUUCAACGGGAAAAGUUUCAUGCAGGGGACGAAGCAGUAGAGACUUCUUUCCUACCAAAGCAUUUGUCCCUCCCCCAGGGGGGGGAAACACAAAAACAAGCGGAAGGAAGUCUUUCUCAAAGAAACGCACGAUCACUUUUUUCGUUGACCCUAGGGAGGAAAAAAAAAAAUAAAGCUAAACACAAGAAAAACAAAAAGAAGAAGAAAAAAAAGAAGAAAAAAAAAAAGAAGCAAAAAAAGAAAAAGAAAAAAAAAAAAAACAGACGAAAGAACAAAGGAAAGAACAAACGGAGAAACAAAAAACGAAACAAACGAAAAAACAAAGAAAGAAACCGAAAGAGGGACAAAAAAAUGAAAAAACGACAAAAGAGGAUGAACCGAGAAAUGGAUGACGAGGGGGGGGAAGAUGAAGACAUAAUCGAGGAAAGACAUAACAGGAAGAGAAGGGGAAAGAGAGGCGGCCAUAACACAUCCAGUGUUACUGACAUAUCGGAGGACGAGAAUGACGAGGAUGGCUCUGCCGACGAAUACUCGUUGAGAAGAAACAAGAAAUCGCAAAGAAAAAAGACAAACAGAAGAGAAGAAAGGAGCUCACUAAGAGGAGCGAACAAAACAAGAGGACAAGGCGCGCAUACGGAUGACCUAGACGAACACGACACGGAGGCUGGAAAGUCGGUGAAAAACAAAGGUACAAGAAGAGGAAGAAAAAAACACCACGAUGAUGAUGACACCACGCAAGGGAAACUAGAAGAGAAAAAACAGGAAUUGCACGAGCUAAACGAGGUGGUCACUGAACUUUCCUCCAAGAAGAAUCUCCUCGAAAAUGCAGAACACCAGAUGGAGGACUUGUUAAAGACGAUUCACUCGCUGGAGACGAAGAAGUAG